CCUAUCUCAUCGAGCCAACAAACAGACAAAAUGAAUACAUAAAAGGCCUGGCCAAUAGGCUCUUUUAGGGUUUUUAUAUUCCACCAUCCCUCUCUUUGUGUUCCCUUCAAUAUAUGUAUCCUUGCGCCAACCUCAAACCCUUGCAAAUCCGAAAAGUGCAGGAGGUAAGUAAACAUGGUGGAAAAGACCAAGGGUAGGAAGGAAGAGGUUGUUACUCGAGAGUACACCGUCAACCUCCACAAACGCUUACAUGGCUGCACCUUCAAGAAGAAGGCUCCUAAAGCAAUAAAGGAGAUAAGGAAGUUUGCUCAGAAGGCCAUGGGGACUAAUGAUGUGAGAGUGGAUGUGAAGCUGAACAAGUUUGUGUGGAGCCAGGGGAUCCGGAGUGUGCCGAGAAGGAUCCGGGUGCGCAUUUCCCGCAAGAGGAACGACGAUGAGGAUGCAAAGGAAGAGCUUUACUCCCUUAUUACAGUUGUUGAAAUCCCUAAGGAAGAGCUUAGACGUUUGGGCACCAAGGUCAUUGAAGAUGAGGAUUGAUCUUCUUCUAUAUAUAUUUUUUCCUGAAAUCUUAGAGACAUACAUGUAGUUUUGACAAUUUCAGUCUGGUUCUUUCUAAUUUUUGUAGCAAAUUAUCCAUCCUUAUAGUUAACUAAUAUGGUUUAUCCGUUUUCUAUUUGA